AUGAAUGUUCAGAUGCGGCUUGGAUCAAUGACAGAGAGUGAUCGAUAUGAACUCUUGCAAUAUCUGAAGACCGUGGAGUGCGAGGAGUACAUCGAUCUAUUUGUUGCGAAUGACAUCAAGAUUGAUCUGCUUCCCCAGCUCGAUAGACACGCUUUGAAAGAAAUCGGCAUCACCAAGGUUGGAGACAGGCUGCGACUGCAGGUUUUGAUCCAUCUUUUGAACACCGAGAGACUCAAGUCGCGAGUGAAUGUGAGUGAUCUGGCGGAGGUUGUUUCAAACGCUUCUGCCACAUUGAACAGUGUUGAUAAGACAGUCACGUAUAACGACAGAUCCCGGCGGUCUUCGGCUACUUUCAAGGUUGAAAACGAGUACAAGAACUGUGUCACAAUAAUUGGGCCAGACGGCCACAAGAACGAGGUUAACGUGACAGGGUGCUUCAGCUCAACCUCGAUCAAAAGAAAAGCUGUCCGAAAAAUGGGCGUUUCCGCCACACACGUCGAAGAGUGGAAAGCGUACUACGUUGAUGAGGACGAUAAUCUACACAUGAUGUUUGAUGCCGAGUUCACGGCACUAUGCCAUUCUCCUGACCGUCCAGAAAAAAAACGUAUAAUUCUAUGCCAUGCGAGCGAGUCACCGUCCGAAGCAGCUUUGGCAACCUCGAAGUCCAUCUCGGCUAGUGGUGGUACGGAUAUCAAGACUCUGAAGAAUUUCCUUGGACAGAGACCGCCUUCACAGCUAAUCUCCACCAACCUUGGAGAAUAUUUCCCUGACACUGGGGCCACAGAGUUACGGGAGGUGAUGCGCAAUAGUGUGCGGUUUUCGAUGUACAGUUCGAAAAUGAGUACGCAGCAAUCUACGCGUGAGUCGAUCUACUCUGGAAGACCGCAGUCUAUUGCCAGCUCUGUGUUCAGCUAUGGUGUUGCAGUUCCUGUUAAACAUACUGUUGGAGAUGUUAUUCUAAACCACUCAGCUGCUAUAGACACAAUCCGUGCCGACCAGUCACCGCAUUCAGAAGGUGAGGGAACCAUUCGUGCUUCAACGCGUAAUGUGUCUCUGGAAAAAAAUAGCAGUUUGGAUUCGAAGCAACGGGCGCGCAUGUCUGUUGCGUUCUCUAAGCGGGAAAACAGAGAUUCGACGGUGAUCAAGCUUUUUGACGACGAGGACGACGACGAGUCGUUUGAUUCGUCUGAGCAACUCAGUUUUUCACUGGAAAACAAUGACGGUCCGUCUGUUUGGCACAAGGGAACCAAAAUUGGCCAGGGCUCUUUUGGUACGGUGUACUUGGGACUCAAUGGACUGACAGGAGAACUAAUGGCUGUGAAACAGGUUAGCCUUCCUCGGUCGUCUGAGGAUUCCAAACAGACGAUGGUGAAUGCUUUGAAACAGGAACUUUCGCUACUCAGGGUCAUGAACCACGAAAAUAUUGUGCGCUAUCUUGGAUCAUCUGCCGAUUCUGACAAUAUUUACAUUUUUCUGGAGUACAUUCCUGGAGGAUCGGUGAGUUCGAUGUUAUCGACCUACGGACCUUUUGAAGAGCCGUUGGUGCGAAACUUUGUCACACAGGUGCUCAUAGGGCUAAAAUAUUUACACGGCGAGGACAUUAUUCACAGAGACAUCAAAGGAGCCAAUAUUUUGAUAGACAUCGACGGGACGGUGAAAAUCAGUGAUUUUGGUAUCUCGAAAAAAAUUGACAUCAAUGACAGAGAGCCGGAGGAUACUGGCACCACUAAGCAGCAGAAACGCGCGUCUUUGCAAGGGUCCGUGUACUGGAUGGCCCCCGAGGUGGUGAAACAGAUUGCAUAUACAGACAAAGCCGACAUCUGGUCUUUAGGGUGUCUGAUUGUGGAGAUGCUGACGGGCAAGCAUCCGUAUCCGGGAUUUUCGCAGAUGCAGGCGAUUUUCCGCAUUGGCACGUUGACGUUGCCCAACAUUCCCGACGGCAUCACUGACGACUGUCGCGAUUUCCUCACAAUGACAUUUGAGACCGAUUACAAAAAACGUUGCAAUGCAGCCAGGCUUCUGAAACACCCAUUCAUCACGCCCUUGUUGACGACAAAGCGCUAG